AAACGACGUAGAGUAUACAGGCUCAUCUCAAUAAGUUAGAAUAUCUUUGAAAAGUUAAUUUAUUUUAGUGUUCAUAUUUUCCAUGGCCGCGAACGCAGCGCAGUUUUCUGUUCAGAUCCAAUCACAAUGAGCGCUGCGCCAGAUGAUUGGUGACGUCAGCAGGGCCAGCGUUUAUUUUGGCUCUGCUAGUCUUUCGUCUCCGCGUCGCCGCCAUUAAAUGACACUGGGGCAAUGUAAACCUCCGAGAGUCGAGGCAUUCACAGGCCCGGCCAAGAGGGCUGUUUAUUCCGUAUGGUGUUUCAUGUAUCCGUAUAGGUAAAUAUGUGAGAGAAUAAAUUACGUCUUAAUACGUCGGUUCGGGAAAGAUUUGACAGAGCAGGCGGUGGAGGAGGGGGAGGAAGAAGAAGUGGGGGACUGGACAAGUAGUGUUUGCUGUGGUUUUCCAGCACUUGGGAAGGAGCACAACUGCUAAAAGGCUGACCAGGUGAUCCACAAUGACAGACCAGAGGGACAAAUGGGCCUGUGACUACUGCACCUAUGAAAACUGGCCCUCUGCCACAAAGUGCACAAUGUGUCGUGCACAGAGGUCCAGGGCUCCCAUCAUCACAGAGGAACCGUACAAAAGCAGCCCUGAUCGGGACCCCAGUCACGAGUGGGACCUCCCUGCCAGUGAAGGUGGCAGCAGCCUCCUCAUCUGCCCGGACUCCAGCGCCAGGCCCAGGAUAUGCUCGGCCAGCAUGGCUGAGAUAGCAACCAAGUGGUCAUGUCACAUGUGCACAUACUUGAACUGGCCGCGGGCCAUCCGCUGCACGCAGUGUCUAUGUCAACGCCCCAAAAGCUGCAGCCCCACAGAAUCCCCUCACACGUCAAGCUCCAACGUGGGCAGCCGCCCAGUCCUGCACUCCCCUGUGGACCCCUGUGAGGAGUACAAUGACCGCAACAGGCUCAACACCCACCAACAGCACUGGACAUGCUCAUCUUGCACUUACCAGAACGUGCCCAAAAUGCUCAAGUGCGUGGUGUGCGACCACCCCAAGCCAUACCACCACGAGGCCAUCGAGCUGGCGCAGCCCGUCGAUCACUCGCCCGUGAUCAACGAGCAGGACCGGUUGCGGUGGAGGGCUGGUGGUGGUGGUGGCUGCAGUGGAGGCCAGGGCCAGAGGAGGUCGCCUACUUUGGUCAACAGGGAGGACCAUGUCCAAAUGGAUUUCCAAAGGAUUGAACUUGCGGCCGGAGCCAUGAGCGGCAAGGAGGAGCAGGAGAUGGACUUCAAGAAGCUGAAGCAGAUACGGAACAGGAUGAGGAAGAUGGACUGGCUCUUUCUCAGUGCGUGUGCAGGUGUGGUGGAAGGUGACCUGGCGACGGUGGAGGCCUACAAGUCGUCCGGCGGCGACAUCGCGCGGCAGCUCACGGCCGACGAGGUGCAGCUGCUUAACCGCGCGUCGGCUUUCGAUGUGGGCUUCACGCUGGUCCACCUGGCUAUCCGCUUUCAGAGGCAGGACAUGCUUGCCAUCCUCCUCACCGAGGUGAAUCAGCAGGCAGCCAAGUGCAUUCCCUCCAUGGUGUGUCCUGAGCUGACAGAGCAGAUCCGAAGGGAGAUUGCCGCCUCUCUGCAUCAGCGCAAAGGAGACUUUACCUGCUACUUCCUCACCGACCUGGUCACCUUCACGUUACCUGCAGAUAUUGAGGACCUGCCGCCGGCCAUCCAGGAGAAACUGUUCGAUGAGGUUUUGGAUCGAGACGUCCAGAAAGAGCUGGAGGAAGAAUCUCCCGUCAUCAACUGGUCCAUGGAGCUAGGCACACGUCUGGACAGCCGCCUGUACGCCUUGUGGAACCGCACGGCCGGAGACUGUUUGUUGGAUUCGGUUCUGCAAGCCACAUGGGGAAUCUACGACAAGGACUCGGUCCUCCGCAAGACCCUCCACGACAGCUUGCACGACUGCUCGCACUGGUUUUACACUCGCUGGAAGGAGUGGGAGUCGUGGUACUCGCAGAGCUUCGGUCUCCAUUUCUCUCUGAGGGAGGAGCAGUGGCAGGAGGACUGGGCCUUCAUCCUGUCUCUGGCCAGUCAGCCCGGGGCGAGCCUGGAGCAGACCCACAUUUUCGUGCUGGCACAUAUCCUCCGCAGGCCCAUCAUCGUCUACGGCGUGAAAUACUACAAAAGCUUCCGAGGGGAGACAUUAGGCUACACCCGUUUUCAAGGUGUGUACCUGCCACUGCUGUGGGAGCAGAGCUUCUGCUGGAAGAGCCCCAUUGCGCUGGGCUACACCCGUGGCCACUUCUCGGCCCUGGUGGCCAUGGAGAACGACGGCUACGACAAUCGGGGUGCGGGCGCCAACCUCAACACGGACGACGACGUCACCGUCACCUUCCUGCCGCUGGUGGACAGCGAGAGGAAGCUGCUGCACAUCCACUUCCUGUCGGCGCAGGAGAUGGGCACGGAGGAGCAGCAGGAGAGACUGCUGCGUGAGUGGCUGGACUGCUGCGUGACAGACGGUGGGAUGCUGGCCGCCAUGCAGAAGAGCUCCCGCCGCUGCAACCACCCCCUGGUCACGCAGAUGGUGGAGAAGUGGCUGGACAGAUACCGGCAGAUACGACCCUGCGCCUCACUCUCUGAUGGCGAGGAGGACGAGGACGAGGACGAGUGAGACUUUUACCCCCCACCUCUUGCCAAGCGCAUGUGUUCUGAAGCAGACUGGACAACCCGCGACAUAGUCGUCACGCCCUCGGCUUUCCAGAAGCUCCGCCCCUCAGAACAAAUAGCACACGUGAUAGAACAGUACUUAUUUAAUCAUUGAGAAAAGUGCACUAGAUAACUUUUUGUUUGUGGUUUGCCUGACAGAAAUUUAGCUCUGCCCCCGCCUAGCAUCCCACCUAUUUAUUUACUUGAUUUUGUUUUGCACAGAUUAACAGCUGCAUUCUGUGAGGGGAUGGUGGUGGUGGUGGCGGCGGCGGGGGUUAUGGGAGGCGGGGCGUUGACCUCCAAGUUUACUGGCAUUUUUACAUUGUGACAAAACGGCGGCGCAGAAAGACAACCAAACACUAUUCGCUCUUUCUACAGAGUGCAUUCAUACGAUUAAAUGACAUUCACUUGCAUCCUGUUUCCUCUGGUUCUUAUUUUCAUUUGAUUGAACAUUUCCUCAUAGUGGGCUCUGCUCUAAUUGACGCCGCUUCCGUAUUAAUCACCAGAUAGGCCGUCCGCUUCAGCAAAUAAGCCCCGCACCACAUGUAUCCCCCUUUUGGGGGGGGAAUAGAAGAAAAACAAUUGCUUACACAAGGUGGCUGAACUUACUUUUUACUUUAACUUAUACUAGCAUGGCAUCUGUAAAGCUGAAGUUUAAACAUUUCAAACUCCAAAAGAUAGGUGAUUUUAUGUUUUAAAAUGCCUUAUUUAAUAUAUAUAUUAUUCCAAAUAUUUGUAUAGUUGUAUUUGUACAGCUCAAAUAAAGGCCUUUCCUCUAAUAAACACCUUACCCUUUAAUAGACAUCAAAAGUAAUUACCAUUAACAAAACCUCCAUUUUCUAUGCCGCUUCUCCUCUUUCGGGUCACGGGGGCAUGCUGGAGCCUAUCCCAGCUGACUUCGGGCAACAGGCGGGGUACACCCUGGACUAAGAAAACCUGUUCAUAAGAAAACAGUCAAAUGAAAAACCAAUCUACCAUUCAAUGAGUGAAGGAGGCCAUUUAAUUUUAAAAAUGUAUUAUUCCGUAUAUAUAUUUUAAUUAAAUGUUGAGAAAUAAAUGUUUUUGUAAAUGCCUUGCCACAAAAAAGACAUCUCCAAUAAAUGCCUUACCUAGGCACUUUACUAAAUCACAUAUACGUACUGUACUUUAAUCAAAUAUUUUUAAUUGUGUAAGAAAUGAGAUAAAGUUUGAAUAUGAAGUACUGUACAAAUAAAGGCCUUCGGGGUAAUAAAUGUCUUUCCCUUAAUAAGACACAAAAAACACGAGACAACAAAAAAAUGUGUAUCUACCAAUCUCUAACAGAAAUUGUGUUGAAUUUUUGUUAAAUUUUUUGACAUACUCAUGUUUUAAUUAAAGACUGAAAGAAAU